CGCGGCUUGUGCGUGGCGGCGGCAAGCCUUUGAUGUUUAGCCCGAUGCCGUCUCUCUUUUCGGGGUCUCGGUUCCUCGCCGCGAUUGUGAAGGACCUUGAAGGCCAGGGCCAUCCGUGGACUCCCUGAGGAAAACACCCGCCCAGCCUGGCCUGUGUGUCCUGUUUCCUUACAGGCAGUGAGGAGCCCAGCCCGGCACUCUCAUUGGCCUGUGCAUUCGCCUCAACUGGGCAGGGCUCAAAUCCCAGCCAUUCCUAAAACUAUAACUGGUUGUCUCUCCAAGUAGUCUGCACCAGGACCUCGGGAAGUCCAGGACCUUCCACUCAGACACAAUGAGCGCAAUGGUGCCUGUCCUGCUGUCCCUAAUGCUUGUUCUGGGUCCUGCAGUCCCCCAGGAGACUCAAGAUGGACCUUACUCUCUGACCUUCGUCUAUACUGGAGUGUCCAGACCCAAGGAGGGCAUCCCUAGUUUUCAGGCCACUGGCUACCUCAAUGACCAGGCCUUUCUCCACUACGAUAGUGAAAGCAGAAUGGCUGAGCCCCUCGGCCUGUGGGAACAGGUGGAUGGGAUGGUGGACUGGGAGAAUGAAAGUCAACUGCAGCAGGCCAGAGAGGACACCUUCAUGGAGACCCUAAAAGACGUCAUGCACUAUUACAGGGACAGAGGAAAUCACACCUUUAAGGGAAGAUUCGGUUGUGAGCUUCGGAAUAACAGCUACUGUGGAGCAUUCUGGAGGUAUGCCUAUGGUAGACGGGACUACAUCAAGUUCAACACAGAAAUCCCAGCCUGGAUCCCCCUGCAACCAGAAGCUGUGAACACUAAGGUGAAGUGGGAGACAGAAGGCUCUGUGCAAGCAGCCAAAGACUACCUGGAAAACCAGUGCCCCAAGAUGCUACAGCACUACCUGCAAUACAGCAGGCCAUUCCUGGACCGCCAAGAUCCUCCCUCUGUGUCAAUCACCACCCACAGGAACCUAGGACUCAUCAGGAUCCUCAAGUGCGUGGCCUACAACUUCUACCCACGACCAAUCAGUAUGUACUGGACUCAAGCAGGCAAACCAGUGGAGACUGAGUCAUGGGGAGAGAGUCCUCUCAGUGAAAAUGGCACUUACCAGUCCUGGGUGAUAGUUAAAACCCUCUUUUUGGACAGAGGCCCUUACUCCUGCCAUGUGCAGCACAGCAGCCUGGCCCAGCCACUCAAUGUCACAUGGAAUGACAGUCAGUAAUUGGGGGCUAAAGGCUCCUCAAGGUCUAGAGGCCAAUAGGCACCCUUUGAUCCAGACAUGAGAGAGAUAAGCUCUAGAAUGACUGUCAUCGCCAUCAGUGAGGCCCAGAGAAGCAGUGAAGGGGGUAGACAGGUGGUGAAUUUGGAGACACAGGACUUGAAUGCUGGGCACUGAACUGACUCACUGCUACAUUUCCCCUCAGAACCUGAUAUCUAAUCUGUGAAAUCUAAUCACAUUAAUUAACUAGCCAAUACACAAAAUAAACCAGAUUAUUAAACGGUCAAAUACUGUAGAGAUGUCAGCAAACGUUAUCAUUCAUCCUGCCCCCAAUCAUUUGAAUCAUCUGAAAUUCUUGGUAUUUGCUGGAAGCAAUGUUUACUGGACAUCUUGACCUGGGACCCCCAGUGUAGUGUGGCAUGACCACCAGGUACCUUGAGCAUUGUUCAGGUGCCCACUGCUGAUAUUCCCUCCGGUUGUACGGUCAUAGAACUCUGCAACCUCUUUAAUACAAUCUGUUACCGCAGUUUCCCCAGCAUUUCCUUGCCCCUUGUGAGACUGCCCUCCACUCCAGCUACCCUCGGGGCCCACACGCAACUAUAUGUUAUUUGAGAGGCUUCAUCCCUCCAGAAUGCACUCCCAGGGAAGCAAGACUCAGCCUAAUGUUCUUGGACUCCUACCAAAUUCAUUUUAUUUUAUUUUGUUUUGUUUUUUUAACUGAGUCGUGUUUUGUUUUUAACUGAGCCACCUACUACUAUGCACAGGUUUAAGUACCUGGCCAGGGCACAUACAAGAAUCAACCAAUGAAUGCAUAAAUAAGUGGAACAAUAAACCAAUGUUUCUCUCUCAAAUCAAUAAAUUUUUUAAAAUUUACCUUGUUUCCUGCUAGAACUUGCUGUUUAAGCUCAAUAAACCUUACUGUUCAUGAGACAUA